ACCGAUUCCGAGCCUCACACCAGGAAAAUCUAGCUGACCGUCUAUUUUAGUGAGCUUUGCCUUAGUGAAAAAGUUACCAGAAAGCGGACGUAUUGUAAAUACAUAAGUGCGUUUGAUCUCAAAGCUGCAUUCUGCGUGCAGGACGGAGAGAAAUACAAAUCAGGCGAUUGCAUAAAAAGGCCUUUGACGAAGCAGCCAUCAAGACCAAAGAGUUUUGAAACACGAAUAGUAGGCCUACGUUACCGAGCAGACCCGCAGCAUCAUGGCCGAUGACCUCGAUAUCGAAGCUAUGCUUGAGGCUCCAUAUAAAAAAGAUGAGGUCAAGUCCAGUAGUACCAACGGGCAUGAAGAACGGAGCAAGAAGAAAAAGAGGAGCAAGAGUCGAAGCAGGAGCAGGGAAAAGAAGAGAAGCAGGAGCCGGGAUCGCAAGAGGAGUCACGAUCGCAGGAGGAGCAGGAGCCGAGACAGGAGACGCAGCAAGAGCAGAGACAGGAGACGCAGUCGCUCAAGGAGCCGCGAGCGCGGAGGACGGUACAAAGGGCCCUUUUCUGGGCCGAAAUUAAACGGUGGUUCCAGGGGGAAGACUGGCCCACCACCUGCCAUCAAACUAAGUCGUAAGAAGUCCAGAAGUCGAAGCCCUUUUAAGAAGAGCCCAGUGAGACAGCCGAUUGAUAAUCUGACACCAGAGGAGAGGGAUGCACGUACAGUCUUUUGCAUGCAGCUGGCAGCGAGAAUCCGUCCAAGGGACCUGGAGGAAUUCUUCUCUGCAGUGGGCAAGGUGAGAGAUGUAAGAAUGAUCUCAGACAGAAAUUCCAGAAGAUCCAAAGGCAUUGCAUACGUUGAGUUUGUGGAGGCUACCUCUGUGCCGUUGGCCAUCGGCUUGUCAGGACAAAGAUUGCUUGGAGUGCCGAUUAUCGUUCAGGCAUCACAGGCGGAAAAGAACAGAGCUGCUGCUAUGGCCAACAACUUACAGAAAGGAAGUGCUGGACCAAUGAGGCUUUAUGUCGGUUCACUGCAUUUCAACAUCACUGAAGAUAUGCUGCGAGGGAUCUUUGAACCAUUUGGAAGGAUUGAAAACAUUCAACUGAUGAUGGACACAGAGACUGGGAGAUCCAAAGGAUACGGCUUCAUUACGUUCUCUGACGCGGAGUGUGCUAAGAAAGCCCUGGAGCAGCUGAACGGCUUUGAGCUGGCGGGCAGGCCCAUGAAAGUGGGUCACGUGACGGAGCGGACAGAUGCGUCCACGGCCAGCUCCUUCCUGGACAACGAUGAGUUGGAGAGGACUGGCAUUGAUUUAGGAACCACAGGCAGGCUGCAGCUCAUGGCCAGACUGGCUGAAGGUACUGGUUUGCAGAUUCCGCCAGCAGCACAGCAGGCCCUUCAGAUGAGUGGCUCCAUUCCUAUGGGUGCUAUGGCAGCAGUCACUGCAGCGGCUAUGAAUCCUGCACUGAAUUUAAACCUGAACAUGAACAUUAACACAAACCAAGCCUUGAAUCUGCCCUCUCAGCCAAUUGCAACACAUUGCUUCCAGCUGUCCAACAUGUUCAAUCCCAACUCUGAGAACGAGCCCGGCUGGGAUGUUGAAAUCCAGGACGAUGUCAUUGAAGAAUGUAACAAACACGGCGGAGUUGUACACAUAUAUGUGGACAAGAAUUCAGCUCAAGGUAACGUAUAUGUGAAGUGUCCUACCAUUCCUGCUGCCAUGGCUGCCGUCACAGCACUACAUGGACGAUGGUUUGGAGGCAAAAUGAUCACAGCGGCUUAUGUACCUCUGCCCACAUACCACAACCUUUUCCCUGACUCAGUCACAGCCACACAGCUCCUGAUGCCCACUCGCCGAUGAUCUUUCAUCGCACACUCUCGAACAUGGUUCUUUGCCUUUCCCUCUUUUAAAAAAUUUUUGGACUAAUUUCAAUAUUAAUAUUACAGUGCUCCAACCUGUGUGUGUUUCUUAUCAGUUCUUUUUUUUUUUUUUUUUUUUUUUAAAUUAGAGUUGGCUUUUAAGGGCAGAGCAGCCAAGCCUGAUUUUCUUAUGUCCGGAAAAUACAUGGACAAAGUGUGAUCUAUGAUAAAGGGAUCACUGUUUUUGUACAAUAUGAUAUUGAUCUUACCUGUUGAUUGUUUCAUCUUUGAUAAGUUUUCCUUCCUGUAUAUUGUUCUUGUGAUCCAUAGCUCUAAUUGGCAUGUUUCCCUCUUGAGGAUGUGAUUAGCCACAAAAAUAUGUAGUCUUUUUUUGAAUAAAACAUCACAAUUGGAACAUCCCAUGUUUUAAGCUCUAUGAGCUGAGGGAAUUGGAAGACUGACAACAUCCUUUGUGUUCAUUUGGUGUAAAAGCAUCUGUUUUCUAAAAAAGAACAAAGAUUUGAUUUUGUAAAGCCCUUGAUGAAAACGAAUUUCAAAUAAAGCCACAGUGCUGUA